AUGCAAGUUGUCAGCGCCAAGGUCGGAGAGAUCGCGAGUCUCCACGGGGCCAAAGCUGACGUCCUUGAGAAGCAAGUGAGCAGCCUCAACACCGCCGGAGAGGUCACCAAAAUGUCCACGCGCACCACCUGCGAUGUUUUGGUUGCCUUGGAGGUGGUCCAGCAAGAGGCUGCCCAGAACCUGGCCGUCAUGAUGCAAGGCAUUCAAGCCUUGUCACAUGAGGACAAGGAGUGUUGGGCCGCUCUCGAGCUGCGUGUUCUGGACAUGGGCAAAACAGUUCAAACCCAGACAAGGGAGAACAAUAGGCUCGAGAACAAGUUCAAAGAGCUGGCUACAAAGAUGCAAGUUGUCAGCGCCAAGGUUGGAGAGAUCAGAGGGGGUAGAGAUUUGACCUCAUAUCCAACUCCUCCUUGCGGCGCAGCACAAGCUUUGUGGCCCUGGUCACCUUUUUUUCCCCAUUGCGCUGCUUGCGCUCAAACUUUGCACGCGCCUCUUUGUUCUCACCCAGUAUGCUCCUGUAAGCCGCACCGUUCUUCCACAUCAGGUGAAUCAGCUCCAAUUCCUUCUUUGCUUCCACUUCUUUGGCCUUGAGAGCGGCAAGCUCAUUGUCCACAGGCUUUGGUGGAGCAACAGGUGGAGAAGGGCGCGCCUUCACAACAGGAAGAAUGA